AUCGGGAUGGACUAUAGGCACAUGACGGUCUAUUUACACAUAGCUUUCUACAUGCAUAUUGGUCUGUACAGGACAGCUUCAGUAUAUAGGGCCUGUUAUUAUGUUUAUAAUGAUUGAAGCUAUAGAACGAAGUCAGUCUUCGCGUCUUGGAAAAUAACAGUGACUUGAAAACUUGUGGAGACUUUUAUAACUAUUGUUGUGCAGCUGUGUUGAGUCUGAGCUAAAUAAUCACGCAGAUUAUGUUAGUGGUUUCCACCAAGUUGUAGAGGAAGAAUAAUUAUACUCCAAUACGUUUUCUUGAAAUACAUUACCGUGCCUGCCUUAAAGUGCUUCUAACUCGGACGCAACUUCACCAAACCAACUAUAUUUUCGGAAACGCCUAUUUUUCUCUGCAUUUUUCUAGACUCUGGGGGAAGAUUGUGGACCCUAUCGCUGUCUGAUUGAGCCUACAUAUUAUUUUUGUAGUUGCCUGGUAUCUCUCCCUCUCUCUCUCUCUCUCUCUUUCUCUCUCUCUCUCGCUACGUACCAGCACGAAUGGGCGUGAUGCGGUACGUUCCCAUUGCGAUCUUAAUGAGUGUGCUCGUGACGAGUAGCGUUCAGCAGCAUGGGAGACAGUUAUCGAACUGUGUCUGGGAGUACGACGACGGUCAGACACUAGAUUUGACUAGUGCGGGGAACACUGAUGGAACAGCAAGAUGGAACAACGUGACUGCUCUAGAUGUAAAUCAGGACCCAAAUUUAUAUACCAUAAACCCUUGCUAUGGAUUUACAUUGGGGACUGAGUGCGCAGGUGUGGCCGUCUGCCGUAUAAGUAACAUGGGCAUCCCUCUAAAUGUUGCCGCUACCAGUUCUGGCCGUAUGUACUACAGCGAAGCUGACAAUGGUGUGGUGCUCGAGUACAACCAUACAGAUCCUAGCGACCCGGAUUUGGUGUACAUCAGUCGGUUCCAAUCUGCUUGCAACGGAGGAGAGGAAGUCCAGAUCGUCGUACUGGGCGCUCAGUCAUCAACUCCGAAUCAAGUCAUUCAUCGCUUCAUCCUGCUCUUGACAUGUGCUUCUACGAUUGUAACUCCAAAGACCUCUGUCCCGCCCACCGUCACACCUCAGCCAAUCAUAACCCAGGCCUCACCAGUUACCCAAGCAACAAUCGGGCCGCACACCGUUACCCACGUAACAAUCGGACCGCCCCCCGUUACCAAAGUAACAAUCGGACCGCCCCCCUUUACCCCGGCAACAGUAAGACCGCACCCAGAGACGCACGGUUUGACAGCUGGAGGAGUGAUCUGCAUUAUAUUUGUAAGCUGCGUAUGUGGGUACUUCCUGAUUGGUUCUUUCUAUAUGUGCUGCUGCAGUGGGGCAAAGGGGUUGGAAAUUAUUCCUCACGUACACUUCUGGCUUGAUCUACCCACUCUUAUCCUGGAGGGAUUUUUCUUCCUCUUCAGCUGCUGCGGUAAAACUCAAUUGAUGGAGACCUCAUCUGGGCAAGACUACGACAAAAUUUGAUACGAUAGCUUUCCUUCAAUAUCAUGAUUGAUUUCACGAGCAGAAGGGCGUUAACUCAUGGCCCUCUACGGCGACUUAACGCCCUUUUGGCUCUAAAGGGACGUUCUGUACCCUUUUUAGAUUUUCAAGAUUUAUAGAAGUCCACUCUUUGAAGAGGAGUCAUAAUCACUGGCGUAUUUUGAAGGAGGGGGAAGGAGUGAAAUUUAUUUUUAAAACCCACCCCUGACAGGUUAUCCCACCAAUAAAAUGCACUUAUUUUUUAUAACUAAAAAUAUUAAAGCAGAGCCACGUAACAUAAAGGUUUACAAUCAAUUGAAAAAUUUAAAUAACGGUUCUGAUUGGUUAAUAGUCAACCUUAUCAUCAAUAUGUGCAUGCAACGAUGAUCUUGAUUGGCCAUUAAUAAUUGAUUGCAAAAUGUAAGUCAGUAAUGGAAAUAAUGGAUCUAGAGUAGAUUUAACACCAGAGCAAAUUGGUCCAUGUUAUCACUCCUAAAAGAGUGGAUAUAUUAUUGCACCCUCUGUAUUGU